CUGAGGAAGAGGGAAGGGCCGCGACCGCGGCUCCGGGGCGCCUCGGGGCUGGUGCUGUGUCUCCGGGCUGUCGGCGCGGUGCUUUGCGGCUGCCGUCAAGCGCGCCGCUGAGCCGGCGGGCGGGGGGCCGAGGGGCGGCCAUGGCGGCGGCGGCGGGCCGGCUGCCGAGCACCUGGGUGCUGCUGGCGCCUGUCCUCGGGGGUCUCGCGCUGCUGGGCGUCGGGCCGGCCCCGGCGCGGGCGCUGCACAACGUCACAGCCGAGCUCUUUGGGGCGGAGGCCUGGGGCACCUUGGCGGCCUUCGGGGACCUCAACUCCGACAAGCAGACGGACCUCUUCGUGCUGCGCGAAAGAAAUAAUUUAGUCGUCUUUUUGGCAGACCAGAACGCACCCUAUUUUAAACCAAAAGUAAACCUAUCCUUGAUGAAUUACAGUGAAUUGAUAACAAGUGUAGUGCCUGGGGAUUAUGAUGGAGAUUCACAAAUGGAUGUCCUGCUGACAUAUCUUCCCAAAAAUCAUGGCAACAAUGAACUAGGAGCUGUCAUCUUCUGGGGACAAAAUCAAACAUUAGAUCCUAACAAUAUGACCAUGCUUAAUAGGACUUUUCAGGAUGAACCACUGAUUAUGGAUUUCAAUGGUGAUUUAAUUCCUGAUGUAUUUGGUGUUACAAAUGGAUCCAGCCAGUCGCAAAUACUAUUAGGAGGAAAUUUAUCUUGGCAUCCUGCAUUGACAACUGAAAGCAAAAUGCGAAUUCCACAUUCUCAUGCAUUUAUUGAUAUGACUGAAGAUUUUACAGCAGAUUUAUUCCUCACGACAUUGUCUGGCUCUGGUAAACCCCAGUUUGAAUUAUGGGAAAAUUUGGAUGGAAACUUCUCUAUCAGUAGUAUACUUGAAAAACCGCAAAAUAUGCUGGUGGUUGGACAAUCAGCUUUUGCAGAUUUUGAUGGAGAUGGGCACAUGGAUCACUUACUACCUGGCUGUGAGGAUCAAAAUUGCCAUAAAAGCAUCAUCUACUUAACACUCUCUGGAACAAAGCAGUGGGUUCCAGUCCUGCAGAAUUUCAGCAAUAAGGGCACACUCUGGGGCUUUGUGCCAUUUGUGAAUGAAAAACGAAUAACGGAAAUAUCAAUGCCAAUUACCCUUCAUAUUGGAGAUUACAACAUGGAUGGCUAUCCAGAUGCUCUGGCCAUACUGAAGAAUACGUCUGGAAGCAAUCAGCAGGCCUUUUUGCUGGAGAAUGUCCCUUGUAAUAACGCAAGCUGUGAGGAAGUGCAUCGAAUGUUCAAAGUCUACUGGGAGCUAACGGACCUCAAUCAAAUCAGAGAUGCCAUGGUUGCCACGUUCUUUGACAUUUACGAAGAUGGAAUUUUGGACAUUGUAGUGCUAAGUAAAGGAUAUACAAAGAAUGAUUUUGCCAUCCAUACACUAAAAAAUAACUUUGAAGCAGAUGCUUAUUUUGUUAAAGUCAUUGUGCUUAGUGGUCUCUGUUCCAAUGACUGUCCUCGUAAGAUAACACCCUUUGGCGUGAAUCAGCCAGGACCUUAUAUCAUGUAUACAACUGUAGACGCAAACGGAUAUCUGAAAAAUGGCUCAGCUGGACAACUGAGCCAGUCAGCACAUUUAGCCCUCCAGCUACCAUACAGUGUUCUUGGCUUAGGUCGAAGUGCAAAUUUUCUUGACCAUCUUUAUGUUGGUAUUCCCCGUCCAUCUGGAGAGAGGUCUGUACGGAAACAAGAGUGGACUGCAAUCAUUCCAAAUUCCCAGCUAAUUGUCAUUCCGUAUCCUCACAAUGUCCCUCGAAGCUGGAGUGCCAAAUUAUACCUUACACCAAGUAACAUUGUUCUACUGACAGCCAUAGCUCUCAUUGGUGUCUGUGUUUUCAUCUUGGCAAUAAUUGGCAUUUUGCAUUGGCAGGAAAAGAAAGCAGAUGACAGAGAAAAGCGACAAGAAGCCCAUCGGUUUCAUUUUGAUGCUAUGUGAAUUGCCUUCAACAUUACAUGAUGGAGUGGCUGUUCUCUUGACUAGUUGAAACACUAAAUGCUGGCAUAUAGAAGAAAAUAGGAGAUUUUAAACAUUAUUUAUAUUACAACCAUGGUAAUUUGUUGUAAGUAUUCAAAUAAAUGUGUCUGAAAUGUCACAAGGUCCUUUUAUUUUUUUAAAAAAAAGCACUUUGUAUGCAAUAAUUUGGGUUCUGUAUAUUUUUGUUCCUUUGUGGAAUGUGUUGCAUGUCUGUAUUCACAUAUUUAUAAUCUUAUUAGAGUACUGAAAAUGGAAAAAGAUGUGUAAAUACAAAUAUUUAAAUAGACAGGAUUUUUUUUCUGUGCCACAUGGAUUGGUCUUACCUCUUAGUCCAAUGAUGCAGGUUACACUUUUUGCAAAUGUAUUACAGAAAUUAGUAUUAGGCAUUCACUUUCAUUAGAGUAGGUCAGGAGUCUCUCAUCAGUGGGAUAAAGUAUAAUAAUUGAGUAUUCCGGCUUUGGAUUCCCAGUAAGACAGACUUGCCUUAAAUUCCUGGCUCUAAUACUAAGUUUUUAUUUUGGCUAUUGUUUAAUCUGUUAAACUUCUGUUUUGUUGUUUGUACAUGGAGUUAAUAAUACCUACUUGUUUGAGGUAUUUUAAACAUUAAAUGGGACAAUAUAUGCAAAGUGCUUAGCUUGGUAGGUGCCUAGCAUAGAAUAAGUGCUCAAUAAGUGAUAGUUGUCAUUAUUACUAUUUUACAUGAUUUUAUUAGACUUCUACAACCAAUUAGUAAAGUUUAUAGACUCAGUAGAAUUUUAGCGUCAAGCAUGAGGAAAUAUAUUUGGAAAAACCUAAAUUCUUAGAGGUUGUCAUUUCAUAUAGAUUACUUAACACAUAUUAACACAGACUAUACUGUAGCAUCUUGCAAGGAUUCAUGUGCCCUAAAAUUUUUUAUUUGAAAAAUUUCAUUUGAUACCAUGUGAUAAAUGAAGAGUAUUUUAUUUCUUGAAGAAACUACUUAGCAAGUAAAUCUACAGAUCUUAAAUCAUUUCUAUUCUCAGAGGCUUGGAAAAGUCUAAUUUACAUACAGACUUCAAUGCAAAUUUUUAUUUUGAACAAAAUGUUGCCAAAAAAAGUUACUUUAAAAAGACUUAACUAUAAGACUGAGGAAAUGGUGUGUAUAUCAAUGAUAAUAAGUUUCUAAUGUGUCAAUGGCUAUGUGAUCACUGUAAAACACAAAAU